AUGAACAACCACCACCAUUUCGUUCCUUACUUCGAUACCAAUGUUGAUCAUGUAACACACUUCUUCGUCAAAUCUUCCAAGAAAACCCAUCAAGUAAGUGAAGAAGAAGAUGAUCUUCUGGAGCUUCUAUGGCGCAACAGUCAGGUGGUUCUCCAUAACCAAAGACCCACGCCAACAUCUGCUGUCAAGCUUCACAACGGAGGAGGAGAAGCUCCUCCGUUAGAUCAUUAUCUCUUUAUCCAGGAAGAUGAAGUGUCCUCAUGGCUUCACUAUCCUCUCUGCGACCAUAGUUCUCCUCUGAUCUUCUCUUCCCCGCCGCACCGACGUUGGAAAGACAGACCUCUAAUCAGAUCACUGCCCCUAAACCACUGGCACUCCGGUAACAUUGUCUGUGAGGCCACCGGUACGGAACUUCAUGAACUUCUCGAGGCUGAGAGGGGAUUUUGA